CUGUACAAUUUGACAGAAAAGCUUUGUCAUUUCCUGUCUUUGCUGUAGUUAUUUCCUCUGGUGAAGGAUUUGUGUGAACCACAGCCAUCAUGAUGCAGUGUCUUCAGUUUCUGGUCGAACCAACCAAGAAUCUCACCGAGAAGUUUAAGGAGUUUCGUAAGAAGGUGAAAAAUGAGAAGAGAGAACCACUGGACGAAAGCCAGCAGUUCAUUGUCAACCUGGCCAAGGAUCUGGGACGCGUCUGUCAGAGGUCAGAGGUGUUGGAGAACAUCUCACAGGGUGAGGACGUGUGGCCCUCUCUCACCUGCAGGGCCUUCAUUCUGGAGUGGGCAUCGCUCCUCGAGAGCAAGAAAAGACCAAUGCUGACUGAUGGAUGGCCAGAGAGAAGUGACUGGAAGGAUCUGGCUCUGAGCAGUGAGCAGGACAUGGAGAGCGCCAGGAGAGUCAUUCUCACCUGGACCAAAGACCUGAGGGCUCAACCUGAGCAAAGUGUGUGGCCUGGGGAGCAGGUGGUGGCGGCUUUGGAUGACUUUGAGAAUCACUGGAAGAAAGGUCGGAUGGCCACCCUGCAGUCGGCCAUGGAGCUGCUGCUCUGGAUGCUGAUCAACAAAGAACUAGACAAGGAGAAGAUUCCGCAGAAGUGGCUUAUGUGGAAACAGAGGAGCCAAAAAAUAGGUGCCACUCCAUAUAUUCCUCAUGUGGUGUGGGACUGGAUCAGUGAAGCAGGAGUGGAGGUGACCCUUGACCUGGACACAGCCAACCCUGACCUGCUGAUCUCCGAGGAUGAGAAGCGCAUGCGCUGCGGUUUCGAGCGCAAAGAUGAGCCCAACUAUCACCAGCGCUUCGACGGUUGGUGGUGUGCGGUUGGAACCGAAGGCUUCGCCUCUGGCCGCCAGUACUGGGAGGUGGAUGUGGGAGAAAUGGACUGGCGCAUCGGCGUGGCCAAAGAGUCCGCCUUGCGUAAGGGCUUCAAGUCCCUCAACACCAACACUGGCUACCUGACCCUGCGUCUGGAGCGCGGCACGGAGCUGAAGGCCCUCACCGUGCCGUUCACUGCCCUGCCGGCCGCCUUGAUUCCUCGAAAGGUUGGCAUCUACCUAGACUACGACCAGGGCCAGCUGUCCUUCUACGACGCGGAGAACCACUCCCACGUCUACACCUACAACGAGACAUUUGACGAAAAGCUCUUCCCGCUGUUCGGAACGGUGGAGAUCGUGAAAGACCUGGUGAUCAGAUCCCCCGGGAACAGGAACCACUGCAUGUGUCCCGCCAUUUGCCUGUGGGGUUGAGACCCAACCCAAUCCAACCGGAGCCCAGUGCUUAAUCUCUAGACCAGUGGUUCUCAACUGGAGCUUAAUGCGUUGCCAUUUGUACAGAUAGGUUCACAAAUGCAAGUAUUUUGCUUAGUAUUUUUACCCAUAGGGAAUUUGUGAAGUGAUUUAAGUCAUGAACCAAACCAAUCUGCUAAGAGGUGAUUCGUUACUUUACAAACUCUGCUUAGAAAGGUCUACAAUCCCAUGAAGCAUUGUGAAUGACAUAGUCAAGUUAAUAACAAUAUUUUAGUAGUUUGAGAGCCUUUGUGAGCUAUUACGUCAUUUGCAGUGCUUAAUGGUAGUGGGUGGGUGCUAAAGAAUUAUUUUGGCACGAUUUGCUUGUUUCAGUUUCCCGAUUGGUGGAGAUUUUUCUCUGUAGAAUCAUGGGCAAUGUUGUUUCCCACUGGGUGAGAAACAAUCAAACUUCAAACCACAAUAAAAAAAAAAAAAAAUUUCUUCAGCCAAUACCAUUCAAGCUAUCGAAACUAUAUUCUGAGAACAUUUUGCUAACGACUCAUUAAGCAUUGAAAAUGUUUUUCGAAACAGACGGUUAUGUGAACGUUAGAGAAAACAUUAAGGGAACAUGCCAUCUUAUCAUUUUGCAGACAUUACGGGAAUGUCGAUUUUAAAUGUUCUCGAAACCGUCUGAAACUGUAACUAUAAGUAGCAACAAUUAGAUGAACAUCCAGUCUAUACAUGAUGUUCUGCAUGCUAAUGUUUUGAGAACAUUAUUAAAGUCCGGAUGACUUUAAAAGAAUAUUCUAUUAAUGUUUCUGGAAGAACUUUGGUUUGUGACUUUUGAGAGAACACCGCCAUAACCUUGUUCAACCAUCUGAGUACAUUUCCUGUUAGCUGCUUUGUUAAUAAUUAUGUGAAAUUUUGAGUCUUAGCAGUUUAUAGUAUGAUUAAGAUGUUUGCGUAUUUGAAGGACUAUUUUUGGGCAAUAAAGAAAUGUGUUGGGUCAGUUGAUGUAAAACUUGGGUCCUGAAGCUAAACCAGUUGAGAACCAUUGUUCUAGACCUCAUUAGCAUUAGAUAAACCACUGGGUCAGUUCGUAGUGAUUGACAGUGAUCCACAGCAUUCACAACCAGUACUUCCAUCAAGAUAGUGUAGGAUCUCUUUCAGCUGCUGCUUCUGUGGUCCUUCUGAACCUGCUGUUGUCUGCACCUUAUUAUAACACAGUGUUCGCCUGCUCUGUCUGCACUUUUUAUCAUUUGACAAACUCAAAUCAACACAUGAAAUGCACUUUAUGUGAAUAAUAAAUCAAAGUGAAUUCA